AUGACUGCGACAACGGUGGUUACCGGAGUAGCCGGCAUCACAGCCGUCACCACACUGUUUACUAUCUUCACCCUCCUCUAUCUCGUUAACGACAUCAACAACUUCUACGACGAUGCCAUUGAAGAACUCUCGGACUUCAAGGAUCUAGCAAACUCCGCUUGGCAUGAAAUGAGACCGUCGUACGAACAGGCUGCCAGAGAGAGGAGGGCUAUCGUUGCUGGUAUCUCUCGCAAACGCCGCCAGUGGCCACCACAUUGCAACUGUGGAACGGCGCCAACAUCAUGUCCUGUAGGACCGCCUGGCCCACCAGGAGCUCCAGGAAUACCUGGAGAGGAUGGUAGACCAGGUGUACCAGGACAACGUGGAAAUGAUGGUAUCUCAAUCAGUUAUGGUGGUGGUGGUGCCGGUGGAUGUAUCAAAUGUCCUCCUGGACCACCUGGAAUCCCUGGACUGGAUGGACCACCAGGUCCACCUGGACCUGAUGGAAUGCCGGGUAGGGCUUCAGUGGGUGGAGGCCAAGGGCCGCCAGGACCACCAGGACCAAUGGGAGAUGCUGGCGCACCAGGAAUGCCUGGAUCUCCGGGAGCACCAGGCCGACCGGGAACUUCUGGACAGCGCUCAGUCGGUCUACCAGGGCCUGCUGGACCCCCAGGACCAAUUGGUCCUUCUGGCCCACCUGGAAUAAGCGGCGCUUCUGCUGCAGCAAUGCCUGGGCCACCAGGUCCGAUGGGACCUCCUGGACGUACGGGAGCACCUGGUCCGGAUGGGAUGCCCGGAGCGCCUGGUACAUCUGGUAUGCCAGGUGGAGAUGGUCAAUAUUGUCCUUGCCCACCACGUACUGGCCGAUUUGAACGAGCAGGAAGAGCGGGCCUGUCUUUGUCUCGUCACAAAGCCUUUGUUGGAGUUGGCGAAAUGGGCUACAGAUCCCGAAGAGGUUGA